CACAAACUCACCGUAACAAAACUUCUAAAAAAAGGCUCAGUAUACUACAGGAGGACAGAUCGGAAGUGUGUUAAUACACUAAAAUUAAUUUUUCAGUCAAGUUAUUACAAAUUAACUAAAAACUAAAUUAGACUUAAUUGGUUAUUACUCAUAUGAGUACUGAAAUAUUACUAUAAUAAUAAUAAUUAACUAUGACAUCUCAACAAAUUGCAUAUUAUGGUCCUCGACCUUUACAAUUGAAUAGUAAAAUGAGACAUGGAUUUGAACAAGAUUAUAAUUCAGAAAACUUUUUAAAUUUAUUAGCCAAUACUUUUUAUAUAUAUUUUGAUGAUAAACGUCAAAAUACUAAUGGGAAUCCAAUAACUUUAGAAAUGAAACAAUCUGCAAAAUUAUUUAAGAAUUAUCAACCAAUUGCUGAUUGGAAAGUUAUGAAAGAACGUCAAAAGACUAUUAGUGCAGUAUUAGUAUUAUGUUUAAAUUUAGGAGUUGAUCCACCUGAUGUAAUGAAAACUUAUCCUUGUGCAAAAUUAGAAGCUUGGUGUGAUCCUUCAUCAUUUCCUGAUACAAAAAAAGCUAUUGAAAAUAUUGGGAAAUGUUUACAAUCUCAAUAUGAAACUUUAUCAUUAAGAACAAGAUAUAAACAAUCUUUAGAUCCUUGUGUUGAAGAUGUUAAAAGAUUUUGUAAUACUUUAAGAAGAAAUGCAAAAGAUGAAAGAAUUUUAUUUCAUUAUAAUGGUCAUGGAGUACCUCAACCAACUUCAAGUGGAGAAAUUUGGGUAUUUAAUCGAGGUUAUACUCAAUAUAUUCCAAUAUCUUUAUAUGAUUUACAAACUUGGUUAGGAGCUCCAGUAAUAUUUGUUUAUGAUUGUAAUAGUGCUGGAAAUAUUGUUCAUAAUUUUAAAAAAUUUGUUCAAAAAAGAAUUGAUGAUGAUAAUGAAGGUAAUCAUGAUACAAGUGCUCCAUCUCCAACUUCAGCUUAUCUUGAUUGUAUUCAACUUGCUGCAUGUAAAAGUAAUGAACUUUUACCAAUGAGUCCUCAAUUACCUGCUGAUUUAUUUACUUGUUGUUUAACUUGUCCAAUUGAUAUAAGUAUAAAAUGGUUUAUAAUGCAAAGUCCUCUUAAAAAGAAUUAUUAUUCUUUAUUACCAAAAAAUUCAGUUGGAAAUGUAAUUAUACCGGGGAAAUUAACUGAUAGAAGAACUCCACUUGGAGAAUUAAAUUGGAUAUUUACAGCAAUUACAGAUACAAUUGCAUGGACUUCAUUAUCUCGACCAAUAUUUAAAAGAUUAUUUAGACAAGAUUUAAUGGUGGCAGCUUUAUUCAGAAAUUUUUUAUUAGCUAAAAGAAUUAUGCCUCAUUUAAAUUGUAAUCCAAUUAGUGAUCCUCCAUUACCUGAUUCAGUAAGAUUUCAUCCAAUGUGGGAUUCUUGGGAUUUAGCCAUUGAUCAAGUGUUUUCUCAAUUAAUAAAACAAUCAAAGCCCGAUAUUAAGAGUCCAUCCAUUUCAACCUCUACUCCUCAAGAUAUUCAACAGCAACCACCACCACAACAACAACAAACUCAAUCAACAGCUCAAUCCCAAUCAACUACACAAACUCAAAAUCAAAGUCAAGCAACAAACGGAUCUGCUUCAAAAUCAAAACAAAAUGGUUCCCUGGUUACAGUGGCUCCUAUACCUACCUCGGCAUCAAUUUCCAAUCAAAAUUUAGCUAAUUAUCAACAUUCUACAUUCUUUGAACAACAAUUAACUGCAUUUGAAAUUUGGUUAAAAUAUGCUGGACCAUCAACUAAAGAAGCUCCAGAACAAUUACCAAUAGUUCUUCAAGUAUUAUUAUCACAAGUUCAUAGAUUAAGAGCAUUAAUUUUAUUAUCUAAAUUUUUAGAUUUAGGUCCAUGGGCAGUGUAUCUUUCAUUAUCAAUUGGAAUAUUUCCUUAUGUAUUAAAAUUAUUACAAAGUCCAGCACAAGAAUUAAAACCGGUUUUAAUAUUUAUUUGGGCAAGAAUUGUAGCUAUUGAUUAUAAAAGUACUCAACAAGAAUUAUGUAAAGAUAAAGGUUAUAAUUAUUUUUAUUUAAUUCUUAAUUCUAAUCAAACUAAUCAAAUUGGAGCUCCUGGAGCUCCAGGAAGUUAUAAUAGUAAUGGAUCAACUAAUGCAAGUAUAUUAAUUAAUGAUGAUCAUAAAGCUAUGAGUGCAUUUAUUUUAACAUUAUUUAUAAAAGAUUUUCGAAAUGGUCAACGAUUAUGUUUUUCAAUUGAAAUUAUUAAUAAUUGUCUUAAAUUUAUUCAAAUUAGUGAAAAUCCUUUAUUAAGACAAUGGUGUGCAUUAUUAUUAUCUGAACUUUGGAAUAAAUAUCCUGAUGGGAAAUGGAUAGUUUAUAAAGAUGGACAUUUAAGUAAAUUAUUAGUAUUACUUAAUGAUCCAAUUCCGGAAGUUAGAACUUCAAUAAUUGUUGCAAUAACCAAUUUUUUAAGUGAUGAUUUAAUUCCUAAUCAAAAUCCUAAUCAACAACAACUGCAACAACAACUGCAACAACAACUGCAACAACAACUGCAACUGCAUAUUGGUUUAUCUGAUGUUAGACGAGAAGAAAUUAGACAGAAUGAUUUAAAAUUAGGUAAUACAAUUUUAAGUUUAUUAGGUGAUGGAUCAUCUAUAGUUCGAAAAGAAAUUGUAUUCUUCAUUAAAAGAUUUAUAUCUAUUUAUUCUAAAUUCUUUUUAGUGGUGGCAUUUAAUCAAUUAGAAGAAGAAAUUAUAUUGAUUGAUAAUUCUAAUUAUUUAAAUGAAUUUAGAAAACGUUCACCAGCUUAUGGAUCAGUUUUCAGUUCAAUUUGGAAAUCUUUAUUGAUUUUAUCGGAAGAUCCUCAUUUAGAAGUUAAACAAUUAGCUGAAUGUCUUAUAGAUUCAGUAAUGGUUAAAUUAAAUGAAAGUGAAUUAGGUCCAUUGGUUCAAGAAAUGCAAGAUUAUUUAAUUAGUAAAUCAACUGUUAAUAUUAGUGAAAGUUUUAAACCAAAUAAUCCAAUUGCUACAAGACAACUUGGACAAAAGAGACAAGCAUCGAGUGGUUCGGUGGUUAAUCGUAAAAGUAAUAUGUUAACUAUUAAUGGUUCAUCAAUAACCACUCGAUCUGUUUCUGAGAAUCCUUCAUCUUCUUAUCAUAAUUAUCAUAAUCACAACCACAACCAAAAUGGUAAUGGUAAUGGUAAUAGUUCAGAUACAGAAUCAAUAUCUUCAUAUAUUAAGAAUAUGUCAUUUUCUAAAUUAUUCAAAUCAUUUAAUAUUGAUGAAGAUAAUGAAAUUAAAAACUUUACUCGGAUUCUUAAUACUGCACCAAUUCAAACUAAUUAUGGAGCAGAAUAUAAACCCAAAACUCCAUUUUUUGUAGAACGUGAUCUUACUGAACCUCCUGAAUUACCUUCAGAAUCAGGAUUCUUUGAAUAUAGUUGUGAAUACUUUCAAGAACCUCAAAUGUCUAAGAAUGAAAUUGAUGAACCAGGUUCAGAAGAAUAUGUUAAAAGAUUAUGGAGAAGAAAUAGAAAUGAAUCUAUUAUUCAAGAAACUCAACCUCAAAAGGAAUUAGCCAUUAGAGGAGAUUGGAAUAAAAAUGUAAUUUCUUUAAGUAAUAAAUCACAACCUAGAUGUAUAAAAUUUACUCAAUUUGAAAAAGUAUUAGUAGCAAGUGAUGAAAAGGAUAAUGUUUCUAUUUGGGAUUGGGAAGAAAAUAAAAUUGUUAAGAAGUUUUCUAAUGGUAAUCCAUUUGGAACUAAAAUUACUGAUAUUAAAUUUCUUAAUGAAGAUGAUUUACCAUUAUUAUUGACUGGUUCAUCUGAUGGUGUAAUUAAAAUUUAUAAGAAUUUCCAUAAUUAUGAAGAUCCAGAAUUAGAUGAUCCUAAAGAUUUUACUAGUAAUAAAAUUGAAUUAGUAGCAUCUUGGAGAGCUCUUACUGAUUUAUUAUUAACAUCCAAAAGUUCAGGAUUAAUAUCAGAAUGGCAACAAUCAAGAGGUUCAUUAUUAGUUAGUGGAGAUGUUAAAAUAAUUCGAAUUUGGGAUGCUCCAAGAGAAUUAUGUUUGGUUGAUAUUCCUGCUAGAUCAUCUUCAUCAAUUACGUCUUUAACAUCAGAUCAAGUAGCUGGUAAUAUAUUUGUAGCAGGAUUUGAUGAUGGUACUUUAAGAGUAUAUGAUAGAAGAUUAGAUUCUCGUGAAUCUAUGGUUAAACUUUGGCGGAAUACUAGAUCUAGUAAUAAUGGUAAUGGUAAUAGUAAUGGUAAUAGUAAUGGUACAAGAUCAACCACUGGAGGUUCAAUUCGGAAUGUUCAUAUGCAAAGAGGUGGAUUUAGAGAACUUGUAAGUGGAUCAGCUGAUGGAUAUGUAAAACUUUGGGAUAUUCGAGCAGAUGAACCAGUUGUAACAUUUACCACGGCUGAUAAAUCAACUCGAUGUAUUGAUACUCAUGAGCAUGCACCAAUUAUUACUACUGGAUCAAAAUCAGUUAAUAUUUGGACAACUUCAGGAGAUUUAAUAUCUACUUUAAAAAAUCCUCAUGAAACUUAUUUAACUAAUAGAACUUCAAGUUACCUUUCUAGUCUUGCCUUUCAUCCUCAUAGAAUGAUAGUUGCAACCAAUUAUAAUCAAGACGGACAUAUUAAUAUUUAUAGUUGUAGUGAUACAACUAUUGAUUACUAAAGUUAAUAUACUAAAAGCCCAUAUAUUAAUUAUAGUAAUACAUGCAUUACUUUUAAAAGUAUAUAAAAUAAUUAUACGUUACUUUAUA